UAUAUAUAUAAUAUUCUUCCUUUCUUAGAUCUCUCACUCAUUUUAUUAUGUAUUUAUUAUUUUUUAAUAUAAAUAUUCAAAAUGUCCAAAAUUUGUUGAGGUCUCAAAAUUUUUUUUAAAUAAAUUAAUUUCCGUCAAUUUUUCAGUUUAUUAAGAUUAAUUAAUGACUUCUAACAUUAAAAUUAAGUAUCUGUCAAUCAAUCCCACUGAUAUUAAAAUAAACGUUCAACUCUGGACACGUGAAUAAAAACAUAAAAACCAUAAAAAGCAGCUCGUCAUAAAGAACUAAAUGACUUAUCAGAAGAGUUCGUGACGUAGGCUGGACGGGUCACGUGUGUCAGAGGUGUGAUUCUCUGGAGCAGAGCACGUGUGACGCUGUCAGGGUUGCGGGUUUGAUUCCCGCAGGAUCAAAGCCUCCAGAUGUCACGCUAAUGUACAUUUAUGUAUUUAGGUUAUUUCUGUAUUUAGGUUGCUGACUUCGGUGACUGACAGGCCUGCCGUCCAAUGGGAGCGCGGCUCGGCUCAUUUUCAGGGCUGUGAUUGGCCGUUGUGGUGAUUAGGGGCGGGGCUGUGAGAUUACAGCAGCAUCUCUGUCUCUGCAGAUCCAGCGGACAUCUGGAAAAGCCCAGCCCGGGAACCAACCCUCCGAGCACCGACCCCCGACACCCCGCAGCCCCGCAGCCUCGCAGCCGGGCUCCGCGCUCUGCUUCCCGGUGAAAACGCCGUCAGGCUCCGGUGUUGUUGUCGCAGCUCUGCGGCUGCUGCUCCACCGGGAGGCUGCUGCGCUCCGCGAGAACGGACGGAGCGUUUCUCCGGUAAAAACACGGAAAUACGGAUAAAUCCCGGGAGGACAGUGAUGGACUGAACCGAUCCGACAUCUGAGACGCUUAAGGCCCGAUGGAAGCUGCGACACAUCUGGACCGGGUCUGUGUGGAUCCCGGUUUCAGCUGUAGAACGGAAUAAAGAGUCGUGUCCGUCUCUGAGGGUCUCAUCGAUCUAUAGUUUGGAUCCUGUUCCGGAUCAGAUACGGUCCUGGUCGAGAGUUUGAAGGAGCAGGCGGAUCCUCCUGCUGGUCUGGAUUAAAGCCCAUCAGGAUCAUGAAUCAUCCCCCGCUGCUCCUCUAAUCUGGGUUUUACCGAGCUGGAUUUAAAUCUGAGAUCUGAUCUGGAUUACUCAGCUCCCGGUUCCGAUCGGGUCGCACCUGACCCGGUCUGAACCGCUCCCGGUCUUCGUGUUAUCUUGAACUCGGUUCUGGUCCUGGUUUCGGGGAGUUCCGCUGUCGCCAUGCCGACGUCCCGGCCUGGUUCUGAGGUGGAGUUCUGGGUGGACGGGUCGAGGCGGGACGGGACGGUGGAGGAGUUCUACACCCUGAGCUCCGAGUUGGGCAGAGGAGCGACGUCCAUCGUGUAUCGCUGUGAGGAGAAACAGACUCAGAAGCCCUUCGCCCUCAAAGUCCUCAAGAAAACAAUCGACAAGAAAAUCGUUCGUACAGAAAUCGGCGUCCUGCUGCGUCUUUCCCACCCGAACAUCAUCCAGCUGAAGGAGAUCUUUGAGACAGACACUGACAUCGCUCUAGUGCUGGAGCUGGUGACAGGAGGAGAGCUGUUUGACCGGAUUGUGGAGCGCGGGUACUACAGCGAGAGAGACGCCGCUCACGUCAUCAAACAGAUCCUGGAGGCCGUGGCGUAUCUUCAUGAGAAUGGCGUCGUGCAUCGUGACCUCAAACCGGAGAACCUGCUGUAUGCCGACCUGUCGCUGGACGCUCCGCUCAAGAUCGCUGACUUUGGUCUGUCCAAAAUCAUUGAUGACCAGGUGACCAUGAAGACCGUCUGUGGUACACCGGGGUACUGCGCUCCAGAGAUCCUGCGGGGAAAUGCCUACGGCCCUGAGGUGGACAUGUGGUCGGUCGGCGUCAUCCUCUACAUCCUACUCUGCGGGUUCGAGCCCUUCUUCGACCCGAGGGGAGAUCAGUACAUGUACAGCCGAAUCCUUAACUGUGACUACGAGUUUGUAUCUCCGUGGUGGGACGAGGUCUCCUUGAAUGCCAAGGAUCUGGUCAGUAAGCUGAUUGUCCUCGACCCUCACAAGCGCCUCAGCGUCCGGGAGGCCCUGCAGCACCCCUGGGUGCUGGGCAAAGCUGCCCGCUUCUCCCACAUGGACACCACCCAGAGGAAACUGCAAGAGUUCAACGCACGACGCAAACUUAAGGCUGCCAUGAAGGCUGUCGUGGCCACCAGUCGUAUGCACGAGGGCUCACGGCGUCGAACUGACAGCUGUGAGAUUCCUGGCUCAGGAGCUUCCAGGCAGAGCAGCAUGCAGCAGGACCCGCCCCCUGAGUCAACAAGCCCCCCCCCCUCGGACAAAGAGACCCCCUCACAAAAUCAGCAGCUGCCACAGGAAGACGAAUCAAAGUCCACCAACCAAAGUGCUCUAAGCCCCUCCCCUCCAUGCAGCCCCAAGCCACCUAUCUCUGACACCACGCCCACAGCCCCCGCCCCCAUCAGACCGCCUCUGCGCAUCGAAGGGCUUCGACAAGCAUCUGUUGUCCCUAAAACGGUGCCGGUCCAACCCCGACUGCCACAGAAGAGCUGCUCAGUGGUAGAGCCUGCCUCCAGGGUGGAGGCCACACCUACGAUGGCCACUCCUCAAAGUCCCAACAGCCUCAGCAACGGCUUCACACCAGGGGCGGAGCCAGCCAGUAAGACCACCCACUGCCAGUGAUCACCUGACACACCGAGCGGAGAUGCUUCAACACAAAAACCACAUCAAGGUUCAGCCUUCAUCAACAAACACUCACAUCAUUAUUGGGACCAAAUGAGACCAGAACCCAAAGUAUCUGUAACACCAGAGCUAACGUUCAACCAACAACAUCUUCCAAUCUGUAGCUUUGCUGUUACACUAACAUGCUAACAUGUGAACAGCUAUGGACUCACUGAGGGUUGUUUGCUGUCGGGCGCGUUGAGCUGCUGGUUGUGACGGCUGGAGAAGAUUCAGAGUCUGAGACCGGAAGUGACGACUGAUUCGAUCUGCUCUCGUCACUGUGGUGAGAAACAGCUGAGACACAGCCGACGUCCUUAUAGCAACACAACAAGUUUCUCGUGACCAACAAACUCUUUGUCUUUUUUUUGAAUAAAGGUAUUAAGUAAGA